UUUCUCCAAAGAGAGACAAGAAACUCCGAAGCAGAAAGGGAGCGAGAGAGUGAGUGGCUCAGUCGGCAGCCUGAAUCCCCCCUUCCCUUUACUCGGGAUGUCUGGCAGCUCGGGGACAGUGACCUGGACCCUGCUCCUUCUCCUUGCACCUGGCUGGGUAGAAGCGCAGCCCUGCACCUACCCCUGCCAGUGUCCCUCCCAGCCGCUGCAGUGCCCUGCUGGCACCAGCCACGUGUUGGAUGCCUGUGGCUGCUGCAAGGUGUGCGCCAGGCAGCUGGGCGAGCUCUGCUCCCUUCAGAAACCCUGUGAUCAUCACAAGGGACUCUACUGCGACUUCUCCAAAAUCCACAGAGGCAGCGGGAUCUGCUUAGCUCAUGAAGGGGCAACUUGUGACCUGCUGGGCAAGAUCUACCACAACGGGGAGAGCUUCCAGCCCACGUGCAAGCUGCAGUGCAUCUGCAUGGACGGGGCCAUUGGCUGCAUCCCCCUGUGCUCCGACGACCUGCGGCUGCCGUCCCCCGAAUGCCCCAACCCCCGGCGGGUGAAGUUUCGCAACAAGUGCUGCGAGGAGUGGAUCUGCGAGGAGGGCAGUGAGGAAAACCGCUUCGAAACAGCCAUGGCAGUUUUCAGGGAGACUCCAGCCCAAAAGCCGGAGCUGAAUAACCUGCAGGAGAACUGCUUGGUGCAGACCACCGAGUGGAGCGCCUGCUCCAAGAGCUGCGGGAUGGGCAUCUCUGCCCGAGUAACCAACGACAACCCCCAGUGCCGCCUGGAGAAGGAGACCCGGCUCUGCAUGGUCCGGCCCUGCGACUUCCCUAUGGAGAAAACCAAGAAGGGGAAGAAGUGUGUGCGGACCCCAAAGCCACGCCAGAGCCUCCACUUUGAGUUCUCGGGCUGCACCAGCAGCCGUUCCUACCGGCCCAAGUUCUGCGGGAGCUGCACGGACGGCCGCUGCUGCACCCCCUACAUCACCAACACCGUGGAGGUGGAGUUCCGCUGCCCUGAGGGGGACUUCUUCCAGCGGAAGAUGAUGUUCAUCAAGAUGUGCUCCUGCCAUUACGACUGCCCCCGAGACAAUGACAUCUUCUUGGCCACGUACCACAGGAGGAUGAUUGGAGACCACGUCAAGACAGAGAGGCAGUAGCCCUCUCCAUGCCAGCUCUGCAGGCCAAGGUGUCAAGAGGGCUCUGCAGUGCUUUUGUGGCUGUGUCCCAGGACAACGCAGCCUCUUCCCCCUCUGUGAGGGGCUGUGCUCUUCAGAACGGCACCAUUUGCCACCAGUGGUCUCGGAGGCCUUGCUAACAAGCUAAGGUGCCUGGAGGGAACAGCCCCAUCAGUCCCAGGCUGCUGGCCCAGACCUAGAGUUGUGCAAAGGUCAGGGAAGGAAUCCGCACUGAGGUUCCUCAGACAACCUGCACCUUGCUGGGGAGGUGACCAGAAACGGGCCUGAGCUACAAACUUGAUCCACGUUCCCACAGACGUGAUGGGAGAGUGGAUCGAAGCCAUGUGGCUCCAGCCUGUCCCCAGCUGAGAGCACAGCGGGUGCAAUUCCCCAAGGCCAUUAGCCUGCCAGGACCAUGCAGCGAACCCAGAGCAUGAGCCAAAGGGGAAGUCCAGGCGGCCUGAGCUGAUGUAGAGCUCUGCAGCUUGUUUUCUAGCAGAACGGGGCUCUGAUGUCUGUUGAUGCAAAGCAUCUCAGCAAGGAAAGUGGUCCUGGCCCAAUGCUGGGCUCAUGCUGAGUCUUGCAAUUAUUUUUGGCUAAUUGGAUCUAAGAAGCUGGCAAAGCUCUUUCCUGUCCCUUUUGCCUACCCUUCUCCCUUCCACACGCUUUUCCAUCAGCAGCUUUUUUCCAGAGCAGUUUGCUCCUAGAGAGCCCAUUUCAGAUACACAGGUCCAAGGAGCUCUUCCAGCAUAAAAUUCGGUUGAGUCAGGCUGCCAGUCUGAGACAUGUCCCCCUGUCAGUUGUUGGUGCCAGCAGUGGAUAUUUCCUCUUGUCCCUUUUGUAAUCACUCUGGAAACGGUUCCUGGGUGGGAGAUGAAGCUGGGCUCUGGGCUCGUACACUCGUGAUAGAGUUGCAACUGCGUUUCAGCUCUGGAGUCUGUCUUGCUUGUGGGUCAUAAGCUGCAAGGACACAGUUCAGCUCGCACCUCCCUGGGGAGUUUGAGGCAGGGGCAGGAAAAAUUGUCCCUAUUUGUAACCAGAGCAGAUGUAAUCUGGAGUUACUGAGACAAUGACGUGAAGAACUGCUUGGUGCUGGGGGUUCUCCACCCGCGGGCUUCACUUCUUGCCCCAGACCUGCGCUGAGUCUCACUGCCAUUAAAAAUGUGCUGCUCGCCCUGAUUGCCAGCCCGUAACUCCUGGACGGACCAGCCCAGGAGCGUCCCCGAGAGCACCCACCGGGCUCAGACGCAGCCCGCAGAAACACAGCCUGCCCUGAGGAUGCUGAAAUGCCAGCUCGGGGCACGCGUAUAGCAGCAGCCCCUCUUCUCUUGCGCUCUCGGCCUGCAGAUGCUCAUGAGCCUUCAGCUCCUGUUACCUGUAAUCAGUUUGAACUGUAAAUAAUUUGUCUCUUGGUUUCUGAUUUUUUUUUAAAGGCCUUUGUACAGUUUUUGUAUCCUUUUAUCACCACCUUGCUUGGAGUCUUCUCAUGAUGUAGAUUUUUUUUUCCCCUUCCAGUUCUGGCCUGAACUUUUUUCCAUGCCAUUUACCUGCCUUCUGCGUGUAAAACUAAGCUGAGGGUCGCACUUUACUCGACGCUAAUAAAUCUCUCUCUAUUUUUUCCA